CGCGCUGCCCCUCCGAUUCGCUGGACCGACUCACCACCAAAUACUUAGCUGCGAGCGUCAAGGAGACCAGAGGUCACUGGCUAGAACUACGUCUUCACUCGUUGCCACAAAUAUGUCACACCAACUCCCACCCAAUACAAUCUCCAUCAAGCGAAAGCGCACCGAUGCGCCUGUCGACUCCCUCAGGAUCGAACACGGCGGAAAGGAUAUCAAGCGACAAAGAAGCAGCGACUUUGCAUACAAGCGUCUCACCAAGCCGGGCGACGAUGUCCAACAGGUAUCAGCACCACCAACGCCGACUCUCGCGCGACGCUUUCGCCUCGAUCCCGUGUCCAGGAUUGGCGCUAAACGGCAUUUCGUAGAGGAACAAGAGAUCACCAAAGAGAACAUCCCAGCGGGCGGACAAGUGCAAGCGCCAAUACCAGAACCUACACCAGACUCUACACCGCGACCACGAAAGCGGCCAGGUGCCGGCAGCGCACUACACCACUCAGCCAAACCCUCGAUACACCGGAAACCACCUGUCACCGAGCCCUCAGAAAACGAUGUACGCAACCUGGAAGCCCUGUCAAAAGAGGUGGAGAAGGUAGACAAUCUCGAAAUACCCCUCCCCUCGCCUUCGAAACACAAGCCCAAAGCGCCAGCGAAACGCUUUGCAGAACGGCACCCGGAUAAGGCGGCAGCCCUCGCAGCCCAAGAUGGCACAAUGGCUGAUGGCGACGCCAUGGAUAUUGACAGCGAAUACGUAUACGACCAUUACGUCCGGGAACCCGUUCUACCAGACGCCCCCGCCCCGACAGGCACAGUCGGUCUUCUAGUCAUCAGCGAAGAGGACGCAGACUGGUGGGAUAACGACGAGAACAGCGACCGAGAGUUCGACACGGAUGACGAAGACGAGAACGCAGAGGAUUACUACGCCAACGACUAUCCUGAGGACGAGAUGAGUGACGACGACGAGUUCGAUCGGAAUCUGUACCAGUCCAAAUACCGCCAUGGAAGUGACGAUGAAGAGUACAACAUUGGAGACGACGACAAUGCAUUGGGAAGCGGCGAGGAUGAGGACGAUCUGCAUUUCAAGAUGACGGUACCUAAAGCACAGAGAGUGGGAUAUUGGGGUAUGCAAGGGGAGUCAUAACACAGUAGUCUACAAAGACACUGUCUGUUUUCGCCGCCCAUCAGCCAUGUCAUCUUCGAAUCAUCUAUCUCUCGAUACAGUCUCAGUGUCUCGUCAGUACUAGACUAGAGAGAUCAAGCCUCUACAAGAGAUCAAAGGGAUGCCAUUGAUUUCAAGUGAUGAAGUACGUCCAUUACUCCCGGUAAUCAUAAAAUCAAAGAGGGUAUCAUGUCAAACUCCCGACCCCAAAUAAUACAUAACCCAAGCCCAGGGGUACGUAGCAUGGCCCCGCCCAAGCC